AUGGAAAACUUGGAACCCGGCUCUGCAGUCAAUGACGUUGAUUCCAAGAUUGCUGUUGUUCCAUAUUGGGGUAGUACGAUUCAAGCAAGUGUCCUCAAUAAGAACUUGCAUGCACGUUUUCAACACAACAUCAUUGAAGGUCAGAGCUACUUAUUUGCUAACUUUGUUGACACCCCAAACGUUAGCCAAUACAGAGCUACCAAUACUCCUUACAAGAUUACUAUCACUCCCCAUACAUAUGUUGUCGAUAGAAUUACAUCAACACCAUUGUACUCCUACUCAUUUUACCCUCUUCAUCACAUAAAGGAGUCUAAUGAGAAGAACGCAGUUACCCACUUGAUCGAUGUUCUUGCUUUUGUUAAGUCAAUAGGUACCCUUAAAGAGUUCCACAAGGAUAAGGAAGACAAGCAUAGGUUGCGUAUGUUGCUGAUUGAUGAGGAGUCAAGUCUAAAUGAAAAUGAAGUUGAGUGCCUGUUGUAUGAUAACUGUGCUGUAGAUGCUUACAUGGCUCAGACGCAAAACAACAACUCUCCUGUUGUUGCAUUGUUGAAUCUUGUAAGGGUUGGUUUCUUAGAAGAAGCGCAAAAAGGUUCACCUAUGAUGGGCAUUCUGAGUCAGUCCAUGCCAUCUCAGCUAUCUCACACAUCCCGUUCAAGCAACCCCCACAGACACAAAAGGAUUUCUAUAGCUGAUGUAGUGAACCAGCCCGUUGGAGAGACCUUUGUUAUCAACUGUGUUAUCCAUAAGCUGGAGACCACGUAUGGUUGGCUCUAUGAUGGAUGUGGGAAGUGUGGUUCGAAGCUAAGGGAUGAAAAUAAUACCAUUACUUGUCCUGGUCGUCAAAAGAAACCUGACUCAAUUGAGCCUAAGUUAAAAGUUCAUUAUGCUGUAAAAGAUGACACAGGAACAACUUCUGUCAUCUUUUGGGACAAGCAUGCUUCGGAACUCAUUAACAAAAGUGUAGCUGAGCUGAAGGCUAUCUACCUUAAGGAACAAUCAGUGAAGGACAGCAAUCCUAGCCAAGUUGGCCUCCAUACAAGUGAAGAGUAUACUUCUCUAUCAGAUCAUUCUGGUGCAAGGAAGAAAACAACAGCUCAAGUCCACACCAUUGAGGAUGAUGAUAUUCUUAUCUCUGAUCUGUCCAAUCAUCCAGUACUUGCUCAGCCAAAAGGAAAGAAAAGAGGACUUGUAAGGAAAAAUAUUGUGGAUGAUGCUGAUGUUCAACAAAUGCCACAAUCUUCAUCAUAUGGUGAUGGGAGGCUACUGAAAACAGUGAAGCAGGAGAAGUAG